CUCUCUCUCUCUCUCUCUCUCUAGUGGCUCAAAGAGGCAGAAGCCGAGAGCAGAGAGAAUGGAGAGAAACCCGAAAACCCGCUCUUCCCUUCUUCUUUUCUCUUUAUGUAACUUGUUGUCCCUAGUUCAAAUCCAGGGAAGGAAGCAAGGAGAUGCUCUUGAUUCUCUAUACAAAGCGAAGUCCGCGAAGUCUGGGAUCGACAUGAGCCUUUUUCCGGCAAGCGAUGACCACGAAAUGCUCAGCUCUAGAAUUUAUCAUCAAGAAGGACUGAGGAAGAAAGAUUGGAUCAAAAUGUUGCCUGGACAACCGCUAGUCAAAUUCGAUCACUAUGGCGGCUAUGUCACUGUGGACGAGUCAGCCGGUCGAGCAUUUUAUUAUUAUUUUGCUGAAGCGGAGAGAAAUAAGGACUCGAUGCCGCUUCUUCUAUGGCUUAACGGAGGUCCCGGUUGCUCAUCCCUCGCCUAUGGAGCAAUGCAAGAAUUGGGACCGUUCCGGGUCUACAGCGAUGGGAAAACUCUUUACAAAAAUAAAUUUGCAUGGAAUAUCGCUGCAAAUGUGUUGUUCCUAGAGUCUCCGGCAGGCGUUGGCUUUUCCUAUUCCAACACGACGUCCGAUUAUCAAAAGAACGGAGACAGCAAAACAGCGGCGGACAACUAUGUGUUCUUGCUAAAUUGGCUGGAGAGGUUUCCGGAGUAUAAGAGCCGGGAUUUCUACAUUUCAGGCGAGAGCUACGCGGGUCAUUACGUGCCUCAGCUCGCUCACACCAUCCUAACCUACAACAAGAAGGCGAACAUGACCCUUAUCAACCUCAAAGGGAUUAUAAUUGGAAACGCAGUAAUUAACGACGAGACAGACCAGAGAGGGAUGUACGACUACUUCGCUACGCAUGCAUUGAUAUCGGAUGAAACAGGGGAUGCAAUUCAAAAGUACUGCGACUUCUCACCAAAUGCCACCAGUCAAGUAAGCCAGUGCAAUUCGGCCCUGCAGGAUAUGGCUAACAAUGUAUAUUCUCUUGACAUUUACAACAUCUACGCCCCUCUAUGCUUCUCUUCCAACGUCACUUCUCAGCCCAAGAAGACCAACAUCAUGGACUUAGACCCGUGUGGCGACAACUACGUGUAUGCGUACAUGAAUAGAGAAGAUGUGCAAGAGGCACUUCAUGCGAACGUGACAAAGCUCGAUCACGACUGGAGUGGGUGCAGCAGUGUUAUCCGUACCUGGGGAGAUAGCCCUUACACCGUCCUCCCACUCCUCCAAGAAUUCAUGUCCAACGGACUCCGAGUUUGGGUGUUCAGCGGAGAUACGGACGGAAGAGUGCCGGUGACUUCGACCCGGAGAUCUCUCAGCAAGAUGAGUCUCCCAACGAAGAGUCCAUGGCGACCUUGGUUCCUCGGGGGCGAGGUCGGAGGGUACGUUCAAGUGUACAAGGGAGACUUGACGUUUGCGACGGUGCGAGGAGCAGGGCAUCAAGUGCCGGGCUAUCAGCCCAAGAGAGCUCUCUCUCUCAUCUCUCACUUCCUUGCUGGCUCUCCACUCCCAUCAAAAUAGGCCCUUCAAGCGCUUGAAGAUGAUGAAUUAGUGCUUGAGGACACUCGUAGUUGUUCAGUUGUUUAGGAACUGAACGACUUGAUCACUUCUCUUUUUAAUAAAGACAUUGGUGCGGAGAGGAAUGUGAAAGCAGGGGAAAUUGGCGAGGAGACCGAAACACAAAGAAAGAACUGGAAUUGUUUGUUGUCUAGGGCUUCAGCAAGACAGUGGUUAUAUUGUAUUAGCAACGAUUAUGUGUUAAGAGGAGACAAUUUGGCUUUGUUUUCA